UAAACAAAUAUGGCUACCGAAAGGCUCCCAAACGAAAAUUCAACAGGGGACAUUUUGAAGAGAAUCCAUGAUGCCUUUGGCAUAUUUGAUCAUGAAUCAAACAAAACAGUAGAUGUUCGGGAAAUAGGAACAAUUGUCAGGUCAUUAAACUGUUGCCCAAGUGAAGCUGAAUUAAAUGACAUAAUAACUGAUGUAGAGGAAGAGGAACCGACUGGUUAUAUCAGAUAUGAGAAAUUUGAGCCUGUUAUGCUUCGUAUUUUGAUCGAAAGAAGAUAUCGACCAGCAAACGAAGAAAAACUACUUAAAGCUUUCGAAGUUUUAGAUACGGAAAGAAAGGAACAUUUGACAGUCGACGAAAUACAAGCAUUUAUCUCAGAAGAAGGUGAACCUUUUACGCAGGAAGAAAUGGAAGAGAUGUUAAGUGCAGCUGUGGAUCCUGACAAAGGGUGUGUCUCGUACAAGGAUUAUGUAUCGCUUAUGGUUGUUGACGAUGAUGGAACUUGGUGAUGAACAAAACAAAAAAGAAAAUGUGUAUAUAUAUAUAUAUAUAUCGUAAUUUAUUUUUGGAAACAACUGUACAUUCUUAGCAAA